GCCACCCGAGGACUCCGGGACUACGUGGAAGCCGAACUUUUAGUUUCCAGUGAUCGAGGCCCGCGGGCCAGGCGGGGGGAGGCUGGCCGCCGCUCUCCCGCGGAGGAUGGAUGGCCGAGACUUCGGACCCCAGCGGUCCGUGCACGGCCCCCCGCCUCCGCUGUUGUCCGGCUUGGCCAUGGACGGUCACCGCGUGGGCGCGGCCACCGCCGGACGUUUGCCCGCGUCGGGUCUGCCGGGCCCGCUGCCGCCCGGGAAGUACAUGGCCGGCCUUAACCUUCACCCGCACCCGGGUGAAGCCCUCUUGGGCAGUUUUGUGGCCAGCGGGAUGGGGCCCUCAGCCUCAUCCCAGGGGAGCCCGGUGUCCCUGCCCUCUGACCUCUCCUUCCGCUCCCCCACCCCCAGCAACCUUUCCAUGGUGCACCUGUGGGCCACCCACGCCCAUGAAGGCUUUGCGCACCUGCCCAGCAGCCUGUACCCAUCUUACCUCCACCUGAACCACCUGGAGCCCCCCAGCAGCGGGAGCCCCCUCCUCAGCCAGCUGGGCCAGCCCAGCAUUUUCGAUACCCAGAAAGAUGGCUUCUACCUGCCAGCCCCGGGGGCCCCAGGCGCCCUGCACUCGCACGCGGCGUCCUCCAGGACCCCCAGCGGCCCCGCAGCAGCCAAGAGCUCCGCGCGGGACGGGGCCAGCAAGGAGCGCGCUGGCCGGGGCGGCGGCGGCAGCGGUGGGGAGCCGCCCCCACUGUUCGGCAAGAAGGACCCUCGGGUGCGGGAAGAGGUGGCUGGGUCUCGGGGCGUGGUGGACCUGACCCAAGAGGCGAGGGCGGAGGGGCGGCAGGACCGCGGCCCCCCGCGCCUGGCCGACCGCCUGUCUCCCUUCCUGGCCGAGGCCAAGGCCAAGGGCGCGCCGCCUCCCGCCGCCCGGAGCCUGUGCGGCGGCCCUGGGGACCCAGGGCUGCCGCCCGCGCUGGUGACCGAGGCGGUGGCGCGGCAGGACGAGGGCCCCCGGCUGCUGCGCCCGCCCGCGCCGCGGCCCUGCGGGUCCCCGCCGCCGCUGCCUCCUCGGCCGCCGCCCGGCCCCGGGCCCCCGGGCCCCGCGGGCGUCUUCGCCGCGUUCCGCGAGCCGGGCCGCGAGCACCGCGUGGUGGCGCCCACCUUCGUGCCUUCCGUGGAGGCCUUCGAGGAGCGCGCGGGGCCCAUCCAGAUCGCCUCGCAGGCCCGCGACGCCCGUGCCCGGGAGCGCGACGUGACCCGGCCCGGGGUCCUCCAGGCCCCUCCCGGCUCCCCACGAACAGACCCUCGCUCCGAUCGCCCCGAGAUCCUGCGGGAAAAGAACUCGGUGAUCCGCUCGCUCAAGCGCCCGCCGCCGCCCGUGCCCGAGGCCGCCCCGGCUCGCGGGGCCCCUGCGCGCGCCUCCCCGGCCCCCAAAGAGCCGCCCAAGCCGGAGGGGGAGCCGCGAACCUGCGAUCGCGCGGCCCGCGGGCCCGGGGCCCACGCCACCAGCGCCCGGCUCCUCGGCCUGGAGCCCGCGCGCCCCGCCGCGCCCGCCGCGCCCGAGCCCAAGUGGAAGCCGCUGGAGCUGGGCCACCUGGCCACGGCGCAGAUGGCCGCGCUGGCCGCGCAGCACCACCACGCGGGCCGCGCCGCGGCCGACGACGACGCCCUGGCCGCCGCCAAGAAGGCCUACCUGGACCCCGGGGCCGCGCUGUCCCGCAGCCCCGCCGCCUGCGCCCGACCCGGCGCCGCCGACCUCGGGGAGGCCUCGGCCAUGCAGAGCCUCAUCAAGUACAGCGGCAGCUUCGCCCGCGACGCCGCGGCCUUGCGCCCUGCCGGCGCCGGCGCCAGGAAGAACCCCUUUGGGGGCCUGGGCACCAUGAAGCCUGAGCCCGCGCCCCCCGCCGCCGGAGCCCCCCGAGGAGCUCAGGCUCGGGCCCCGCACCCCGGAGCCCCCGCGCCCGCCGCCGGCCGCCAGCUGAAGCGAGACCCCGAGAGGCCGGAGAGCGCCAAGGCCUUCGGCCGGGAUGGGCCCGGAGCCCAGGGCGAGGCGGAGGUGCGGCACCCGCCCGUGGGCAUCGCAGUGGCCGUGGCCCGCCAGAAGGACAGUGGGGGCGGCGGCCGCCUGGGGCCCGGGCUGGGGGACCAGGAGCGGCCCUUGUCACUGAGCAGCGGCAAAGGGCACAGCCGGGCGGAGGAAGGCUGCGUGGACGAACGUUCCAGACACCGGGAGGAGCGGCUGCUCGGGGGCCGGCUGGAUCGGGAGCAGGAGAAGCUGCUCCGGGAGAGCAAGGAGCUGGCUGACCUUGCCCGCCUGCACCCCACCAGCUGCGCCCCCAACGGCUUGAACCCCAACCUCAUGGUGACUGGCGGCCCUACACUGGCGGGCUCGGGGCGCUGGUCGGCGGACCCCGCGGCUCACCUGGCUUCACACCCCUGGCUGCCCAGGUCCGGAGGUUCGUCCAUGUGGCUGGCAGGACAUCCGUACGGCCUGGGCCCCCCACCUCUGCACCAGGGUGUGUCCCCUGCCUUCCCGCCCAGCUUGGGAGGCUCCCUGCCCUCCACCUACCAGUUUGUCCGGGACCCCCAGUCCGGCCAGCUGGUGGUCAUCCCCAGCGACCACCUGCCGCAUUUCGCGGAGCUGAUGGAGCGGGCCGCGGUGCCCCCGCUGUGGCCGGCGCUGUACCCGCCGGGCCGCGCCCCCCUGCACCACGCGCAGCAGCUGCAGCUCUUCUCACAGCAGCACUUCCUGCGGCAGCAAGAGUUCCUGUACCUGCAGCAGCAGGCCGCCCAGGCCCUGGAGCUGCAGCGCAGCGCCCAGCUGGUGCAGGAGCGGCUGAAGACCCAGGAGCAGCGGGCCGACAUGGAGGAGAAGGUGGCCAAGCGGAGCCUAGAGGCCACAGCCAAGGCUGGCCUGUCCGCCUCGGGGCCCGGGCUGCUGCCCCGCAAGCCACCGGGCUUGGGCGCUGGCCCCGCGGGGACCUACGGCAAGGCCGUGAGCCCCCCACCCUCACCCCGCGCCUCGUCCGUGGCCGCGCUGAAGGCCAAGGUCACCCAGAAGCUGGAAGGCGUGGCCUCGAAGCCGCCGCCCUACGCCUACCCCGCCACGCCCAGCACCCACCCCAGCAGCCCCCCGCCCGCCUCCCCGCCGCCCAACCCUGGCCUGCCCCGGAAGGAGGAGGCCCCCGAGAACGUCGUGGAGAAGAAAGAUCUGGAACUGGAGAAGGAAGCACCCAGCCCCUUCCAGAGCUUAUUCUCAGAAAUCCCCCCCAGGUACCCGUUCCAGGCCCUGCCUCCACACUAUGGGCGCCCGUACCCCUUCCUGCUGCAGCCCACCACGGCUGCCGAUGCCGAUGGCCUGGCCCCUGAUGUGCCGCUGCCUGCCGACAGCCCCGAGCGCCUGGCGCUGUCCCCAGAGGACAAACCCAUCCGCCUGUCCCCCAAGAUCCCCGAGCCGCUGGCCGAGGGCCACGAGGAACCGCAGCUGGCCCCGCGGGAGGUGAAGGCCGAGGUGGAGGAUGAGGAUCAGGGGCCCCCGGAGCUGCCUCCCAUGGAGUCGCCGCUGGCCCUGCCCGUCCCUGACAGCAUGGCGGCCUCCAGCCCUGCGGGCGGCUGUGGAGGCAGCUUGUUGGAGGCCCAGGUGUUGAGGCCCACCGCGGAGCGGGCGGAGGACUCGGAGCUCACGGAAGGGGUAGAAGCACAGGUGGAGAUGCAGGGCCGGACAGAAGACCUGGAGCUGGGGACCCUGAGCCCCGAGCCCCUGGUGGAGACAAAGGAGGAGCCGGUGGAGGUGCCCCUGGGCGUGCCUGUAGGCCGCCCCGUCGCGGAGGCCGGGCCGGAGGGAAGCCUGGUGCAGCCGCCUCUCAGUCAGCCCCAGCCCAGCCCGGAACUGCCUGUCGGAGAGGGCCAGUGUUCUAACCUGGAGACCCAGGAGGCCGUCCCCGGGCCCGGCCGGGCCUGCUACCUGGAAGAGACUAGCCUGGGCCAUGAGGAUCCCCUGGCUGGCAUGAACGCCCUGGCAGCGGCGGCAGAGCUACCCCAGGCCCGGCCUCUGCCCUCCCUGGCCACUGGAGUUGAGGCUGUGGAGAAGCUGGACACAACUCAGAACUUGGCCUUGGAGCAGAGCUUCCUGCAAGGCAUCACGCUGCUGAGUGAGAUUGCAGAGCUGGAGCUGGAGAGGAGGAGCCGGGAGGCUGGAGGCACGGAGCUGGGCCUUCCUGUGCGGCCCUCCCUGGAGAGCCUCCUGGCCGCCAGCAGCCACAUGCUGAAGGAGGUGCUGGACAGCCCCUUUGUGGACCCGCUCAAGAACUUGAGGCUUCCGCGGGAGCUGAACCCCAACAAGAAGUACAGCUGGAUGCAGAGGAAAGAGGAGCGGAUGUAUGCCAUGAAGUCCUCCCUUGAGGACAUGGAUGCCCUGGAGCUGGACUUCCGGAUGCGGCUGGCUGAGGUCCAGAGGCAAUACAAAGAGAAGCAGCGGGAGCUGGUGAAGCUCCAGCGACGCCGGGACUCAGGGGACAGGCACGAGGAUUCCCAUAGGAGCCUGGCACGCAGAGGCCCUGGCAGGCCACGGAAACGGACCCACACCCCGAGCGCCCUGUCACCCCCCCUGAAGAGAGGGAGGAGCCACAGCAGUAGCAGAAAGUUGAGCAGCAAAUCCUUGCUGACUGCAGAUGACUACGAGCUGGGAGCAGGGAUAAGGAAGAGGCACAAGGGGUCUGAGGAGGAGCAUGAUGUUCUCAUGGCGAUGGGAAGAGCCCGGGGGAGGAACCAGAGCUGGGAAGAGCAUGAAGCCUCCUCUGACUUUCUGAGUCAGCUGAAGAUUAAGAAGAAGAAGAUGGCAAGUGACCAGGAACAACUGGCAAACAAGCUAGACAAGGCCCUCUCCCUCACAAAGCAGGACAAGUUGAAGUCGCCCUUCAAGUUUUCGGACCCCUCUGGGGGGAAAUCAAAAAGCAAUGGGGGCUGCAGCAGGUUCUUGACCCCUUAUGACAGCCUGCUGGGCAAGGACAGGAAGGCUCUGGCCAAAGGCUUGGGCCUGUCUUUGAAAUCCUCCAGAGAAGGGAAACACAAAAGGGCCGCCAAAGCCAGGAAGAUGGAGGUGGGGUUCAAGGUCAGAGGCCAGCCCAAGUCAGCCCAUUCCCCGUUCGCCUCAGAAGUGAGCAGCUACUCUUACAAUACGGACUCUGAGGAAGAGGAUGACUUCCUGAAGGAUGAGUGGUCUGCUCAAGGCCCCUCCAGCUCCAAACUGACCUCCUCCCUCCUGUGCGGCAUGGUGGCCAAGAACAGCAAGCCAGUGGCAGGCCCCAAGCUGGCCAAGAGGGGCCUAGCAGCCCCCCGAACUCUGAAAGCCAAGGCAGGUGCUGGCAGAAAGCAGCCUUUCUGCCUACUGCUUCGAGAAGCCGAGGCCCGCUCCUCCUUCAGCGACUCUUCGGAGAACUCCUUUGACCAAGAUGAGAGUUCAGAAGAGGACGACGAUGAGGAGGAGCUGGAGGAGGAGGAAGAGGAGGAGGAGGAGGAAACUGGCAGUGGUGGCUAUAGGCUAGUCUCCCGAGAGCGGGCUCUGUCGCCAGGCCUGGAGGAGAGUGGGCUGGGUUUGCUUGCCCGUUUUGCGGCCAGUGCCCUUCCCAGCCCCACAGUGGGGCCAGCCCUGUCAGUGGUCCAGCUGGAGGCCAAGCAAAAGGCCCGCAAGAAGGAGGAGCGACAGACUCUAAUGGGCACGGAGUUUGAGUACACGGACUCAGAGAGCGAGGUCAAGGUGCGCAGACAGUCACCUGCAGGGGUGCUGCGGCCCAAGAAGGGGCUGGGGGAGCCAGGCCCCCCUCUAGCCACACCCGCCACUAGUGCCCGCGGCCCUGGCCCCGCCAGCCCAGACAAGACCAAGCUGGCCCCAGAGAAGGGGCGCAAGGCCCGGAAGCUGCGGGGCCCCAAGGAGCCAGGCUUCGAGGCCGGGCCUGAGGCCAGCGACGACGACCUGUGGACGCGGCGGCGCAGUGAGCGCAUCUUCCUGCACGACGCCAGCGCAGCGGCCCCCGCACCCAGCAGCGCGCCUGCACCCAGGGCCGCCCGCGCCAAGGCCAGCGCACCCAGCCCACGCAAGGACGCGGGCCGGGCCAAGGACAGGAAGGACCCUCGGAAGAAGAAGAAAGGCAAAGAGGCCGGGCCAGCCGCCUCACUGCCAGCCCCCCGGGUUCCUGCCCUGCCUCCCGAGGCCAGAGCCCCACACGCUGGGGCCUUGGUGACCGCCAGGAGAAGCAAGGCCAAGCCUAAGGGGAAGGAGACGAAGAAGGAGAACCGGGGCAAAGGCGGGGCCGUGAGCAAGCUGAUGGAGUGCAUGGCCGCAGAGGAGGACUUUGAACCCAACCAGGACUCGAGCUUCUCUGAGGAUGAACACUUGCCACAUGGUGGGGCUGUGGAGCGGCCCCUGACUCCAGCACCACGUUCCUGCAUCAUCGACAAGGACGAGCUGAAGGACGGACUGCGCGUGCUCAUCCCCAUGGACGACAAGCUGUUGUACGCGGGCCACGUGCACACCGUGCACUCCCCGGACAUAUACCGUGUGGUGGUGGAGGGUGAACGAGGGAACCGACCCCACAUCUAUUGCCUGGAGCAGCUGCUACAGGAAGCGAUCAUUGACGUGCGGCCAGCCUCAACGCGCUACCUGCCACAAGGGACCAGGAUUGCCGCCUACUGGAGCCAGCAGUACCGCUGCCUGUACCCAGGCACUGUGGUCCGAGGGUUGCUGGACCUGGAAGAUGACGGAGACCUGAUCACCGUAGAGUUUGAUGACGGAGACACGGGCAGGAUCCCACUCUCCCACAUCCGCCUCCUGCCGCCAGACUACAAGAUCCAGUGUGCGGAGCCCUCCCCUGCCCUUCUGGUGCCCAGCGCCAAGCGCCGCAGCCGCAAAACCAGCAAGGACACCAGGGAGGCCAAAGAGGGCGCCGGGACGGGCUCGGAGGAGCCAGGAGCUAAGGCGCGAGGGCGCGGGCGGAAACCCAGUGCCAAGGCCAAGAGUGACAGAGCGGCUGCCCUGGAGGAGGGGACUCCCAAGGAAGAAGGCCCCAGCACGCCCUUGGCCCUGGAGCCAAUCAACACCCCAAGCUCCAAGAAGAGUGCCCCAGAACCUGUGGACAAGCGGGCCAAGGCCCCGAAGGCUCGCCCACCACCUCCGCAGCCCAGCCCUGCUCCGCCCACCUUUGCCAGCUGCCCAGCUCCUGAGCCCUUUGGAGAGCUGCCGGCACCUGCCGCAGCCCUGGCCCCGGCUCCGCUGGUUACCAUGCCCGCCACCCGCCCAAAGCCCAAAAAGACUCGUGCUACCGAGGAGUCUGGCACCAAGGGCCCCCGGAGGCCAGGGGAAGAGGCCAAGCUGCUCGUCAAACUGGAUCACGAGGGGGUCACAUCCCCUAAAAGCAAGAAGGCCAAAGAGGCCCUGCUUCUGCGGGAAGACCCGGGGUCUGGGGCCUGGCAGGAGCCCAAGGGCCUGCUGAGCCUGGCCAGCUAUACCCCAGCAGCAGGCAGUGGAGAGCCCAAGGCGGCCUGGCCCAAAGCCCUGGAGGGGGACCUCACCCAAGAGCCCGGGCCAGGGCUCCCCCUGGAGGACCCUCAGACUCCCAAGAGCCCAGACAAGACCCAGGCUGAGCAGGAUGGGGCUGAGGAGUCGGAGACGAACAGCAGCAGCAGCAGCAGCAGCAGUAGCAGCAGCAGCAGCAGCGGCAGCAGCUCAGAGACGGAGGGCGAAGAGGAUGGAGACAAAACUGGGGAGGAGGGCCGGGGCGCCGGGGGCCGGCACUGCAGCGCAUCCAGCUCCAGAGCCUCCUCCCCAGCCUCUUCCUCCUCCUCGUCCUCAUCUUCAUCUUCCUCCUCCUCGUCCUCUUCCUCCUCCUCCUCCUCUUCCUCUUCUUCCUCCUCCUCCUCUUCCUCCUCCUCUUCGUCCUCUUCUUCCUCCUCCUCCUCUUCCUCUUCCUCCUCCACCACAGACGAGGACUCAUCCUGCAGCUCAGAUGACGAGGCGGCGCCUGUGCCCUCAGCCAGCCCCUCCACCCCGCCCGCCCUGCCCACCAAGGUGGCCAAGCCAGCCAACAAGGCCCGCUCCUCGGCCCACUCCCCGGGCAAGAAGGCACCUGCUGCCCAGCCCCCCGUCCCGCCACCCCAGCCCUCGCCACCCAAGGCCCAGGCUGGGGCUGGGGCCAAGAGCCGACCCAAGAAGAGAGAGGGCGUCCACCUGCCCACCACCAAGGAGCUGGCCAAGCGCCAGCGCCUGCCAUCUGUAGAGAACAGGCCCAAGAUUGCCGCCUUCUUACCCGCCCGGCAGCUCUGGAAGUGGUUCGGCAAGCCCACCCAGCGGCGCGGGAUGAAGGGCAAGGCCCGCAAGCUCUUCUACAAGGCCAUCGUCCGCGGCAAGGAGAUGAUCCGCAUCGGGGACUGUGCUGUGUUCCUGUCAGCCGGCCGGCCCAACCUGCCCUACAUCGGCCGCAUCCAGAGCAUGUGGGAGUCAUGGGGCAACAACAUGGUGGUUCGUGUCAAGUGGUUCUACCACCCUGAGGAGACCAGCCCAGGCAAGCAGUUCCACGAGGGCCAGCACUGGGACCAGAAGUCUAGCCGCAGCCUCCCCACGGCCUUGCGGGCCUCCAGCCAGAGGAAGGACUUCAUGGAGCGCGCCCUGUACCAGUCGUCACACGUGGACGAGAACGACGUGCAGACGGUGUCGCACAAGUGCCUAGUGGUGGGCCUAGAGCAGUAUGAGCAGAUGGUCAAGACCAAGAAGUACCAGGACGGCGAGGGCCUGUACUACCUGGCGGGCACCUAUGAGCCCACCACCGGCAUGAUCUUCUCCACGGACGGCGUGCCCGUGCUCUGCUGAGCAUGCCCGGCCCUGCCGUGCACACCCGACCAGGUGUGCAUGUGGACGCCCGGCGAGUGUGUACAUGUGUGUGCCCGUAUGCAUGCACGCGUGUGCACAUGUGCACACGACCCCUCGGCGCCCCCAUGGGGUUAGGUAUGGCUCGGGGUGGCCCUGGCCAGGACAGGUCCUGGCUUCCCUUGGGCACCCUGUUCACACUUGGCGGGACCCCACCCCCACUCCCUUACCCCUCCACCCCUGCCUGUGCAGACUGACGUGGUGGGGGGCAGACUUCUGAGGAAUUGAACAGACAUGGAGCUUACCCCAGGGGCCCCCCAGCAUGGGUUGGGGGUCCCCCCAAUGCCAGCCAGACUCAAUGACUAUGCCAGGCAUCCGGGCGCCUGCCAUGCCCUUCUCCAUGCUCUCAGGACAGCUUGGACUUGGGGAACAAGCCAGGGGGAGGGCAGCCCAGAAGUGUCACCCGGUGCCAGACCUUCACACUACAAGAACCCCCCUCCCCCCCCAAAUGGUGCUGAACCCUGCGCCCGGCCACGUCCAGCCCCUCCCACGAGAGGGGCGCUCUUACCUGUACAGUUUUAUUGUACCAAGAGACUCACCCGUCCUUGUAUCAUACGCCUUUAAAUGGAGUCGACUUUUUAAUUAUAUAUAUAAAGAUAAAUAUAUAUAAAUAUAUAUAAACUUUUUAAAACUGUGAAAAAAAUAGCUAUGAAAUUAUAAAAGAAAAAAAAAGCAAACACAUUCUGACGUGCAGAAUAUUAUUUUUUAUUUCCUGUUAGAUUGUGAGUGUCUAGCACCCGGCUUCACCGCCACCCUCAAUCCUUAGCACCCUGCCCUGCCCAUGUGUACUGUAUGCACCCCGAGAUGGAGAAAGGAGAGAGGGAAAGGGGAGCCCGAGCCCAGCCCCUGCUCGGCCCAAAAGCACUUAACUAGCCCUGCGCCUUCUGGACCCCGAAGGCGUCCAGCAGACAAUCUAGAGGAAAGGAAAAGCCAGACUUUGGGUUUUUUUCUUUUUUGGGGGGGGAGGGGACUAUUGUUUGCCUUUUUUUUUUUAAGUUUCUUUUCGAAUUUUGUUUGUUGGCAAAAAUUCUGUGUGAUCUUUUUCAUAAAAAAAAAAAAAGAUUUAAUUGGAAAACUA